ACUUCAUGGAGAGGGGUGCAGAUGGGGUUAUUAUAGAACGACAGUAACUGUUUUAAAUAUUUGUAAACCAAAGCCAUUGGCUUAGCUAGACAUCCUCUGAACAGCUGGAAUGACAUAUUAGGAUUGGAUUUUCUCCAUAGCCGGCAGCAGUGGGAACAAUGGUGAAGUAUUUCUUGAGUCAGACUGAUAUCAAAAGCUCAUGGGAACAUGUCUUCUCAGCAUUCUGGCAGAGGUAUCCAAACCCUUUCAGCAAACACGUGCUCACAGAGGAUGUUGUCUUCCGUGAGGUGACGCCAGACAACACGCUCAUUUCAAGACGUCUCCUGACAAAGACCAAUCACUUGCCUCGCUGGGCAGAGAAGAUAUUUCCAUCUAAUUUGUCACGGUCUGUGUUUGUUAUCGAAGACUCUAUUGUGGAUCCGAAGAAUAAAACUCUGACCACAUUUUCAUGGAACAUUAACCACACAAGACUCAUGGUUGUGGAAGAAAGAUGCGUUUACAGUAUGAGCCAAGAAAAACAAGCCUGGUCCCUGGCCAAACGAGAAGCUUGGAUUUCCUCAGGGGUGUUUGGUUUUUCCAGGGCAAUUCAGGUGCUCUUGUGCUACCACACCUCAGUGGUCAGAACCAUUGCAUCGCCAUUGCUGUUCCACUCCAAACGAAGAUCGUUGGACGGGUGUACAACGGGGAUGGGAAGGGAAAACACGUCACACAUCAGGCCAACACAUCAGCUAAAAGAGUUUGGACUGGCCAGGUUUAAAAGCAAUCAGACGAAAGCCAUGAGAGGACUGGACUAUGCUCUGUCCAUCUUGCACGGCCCUGGUUAUAAGACCGUAGAAGUCACCUGUAAGGUCCCUCCCACCAUACAACGCGAAUCAAUUAACAGUCUGGUUUGGAUUGUUUGCUAAAUUAAAAUUAAAAUGAUAUCCUCAUCCUCAUCAUAUGCUGUACGUGUCCCUGUAACAAAGGUAGAUUCACUUCCUGAAAGCCGAAUGUAAUGUAAGAAAAAGAAAGUGUCUAAUAGGCUGAAAUGUGUUUUCCCUCAGCAGUAGGGCUGCUACGAUUAAAUCGAAAAUCAAUUUUUCGAUUGAUUCCAUUCCUCAUUAUAUACAUCGAUAUAAAUAUUGGAUAAUUGAUUCAAUAAUGACAUUUUUGUAACAUGCACAGUUAAUAACAUUAUUUAAGUUUAUUGAUGAAACUGCACCGAACGCCCUGCCUUGCUAUUUACAGUAUUUCUGCCAGACAGGCAGUGGGCGUGCUCUUCUUUUCCUGCUCAUGUUAACUAGCAUCUGAUUUGCUGGUCCCAUCCUACCAGCGAAUCAGUUUUGAAAUGCUUUGUAAGUACACGCCCCUCUGUGUAUUCGAAAAAAGCGUGCCGCCUUGGAUCCAGAGCAGGACAGGCGUGUAUUCCUGGCAAACAGCCUGUAAAUAAAUUGGGCACAUUGAAAAAAACUGACUGUAUAUAGUUUGUGCUUCUUUGGAGUUUCAGAAUGAACUGUUAUAUAAUGAAUAUUUAACAAUAUUUAAUAACAUUAAAAAUAUUAAUAAAUAAACGAUCAGUGAUGUUAAAUGCAAUUUUGGAGUAAUGAUCAGCUUGACCUAUAUAGACGGUGUGCAUGUUGUUUUAAGUAUUAUUAUUAUUAUUAUUAUUAUUAUUAUUUUUUUUUUUAUUAUUAUUAGGCAGGGUUUUCCGCAUUGUGUGUUUCACAGAUAGUGAAGGUUAGGUGGUACAGUAUUAACAAGAUGCAAUGCGUGAUGCUGCAACUGCCACUGAAUAAAAAAAUACGGUUUUCAUAAACUCGUGUCUAGUUUAUAUAGAUUACAUUCCAUAGUACUGUAAUCUGUUUGGAAUAAAUAUUUUAGUAACACCCUGUAGUCUGUUAAACUUGCUUUAGGCGUGUUGUGAAUGUUGUGUUUUUUUUUCCCUUGAAGCUACCAAGGAGUAAUUACUCCUCGCUUUCAAUUGUUGUGCACAAGCUUCUACUUAACUGCAAUGAUAUUAAAAUAAUAAUAAGGAAUGGAGCAAAAAUGUAUGUGGGCUGUACAAUCAUCAAUAUUUACUCGAACGAUUACAUUUUGUGUGCCCAGUUAAUCUAUUGCUAUUUUGAGGCUUAAGUGACAGCCCUACUCAGCAGUAAUUUGAUUACAUGUACCAGAACUCUGUGAUUUUUAUUGAAAUUGGAAACAGAACAGACAGGCGCUCUAUUGUGACAGUGCUGCGUUUUAUAAAUGCAUUACAGUUUAUUAGUUGGCACUGUUGGAUGGACACCUGGUGAUUUUGCUUUUAUAGCUGUGGUACUAUGUGGUGCUUUGCUUUUAUAGCUGUGGUACCCAAGUACUGUGAUUAAUUCUUCACUGUAAGUUAACAAUCUCUAGGGCUUUAGUUUGAUUAGCCUAUACCCUGCUGGGAUAAAGCCACAGAUGUCGUUUUUUCAGAGCAUUCUACUGCACUAGGGAAUUUCCUUGGAUUGCUUCCACCAAUUAUAUUUAUGUGUAAUCUCGGGAUAACAGUGGAUAUGAUACUAUCAUGUCUGAUCCCCAGUGCUGUAAAACAGUUUAAAAGCUCUAAAAGAGUUAAAAGCUCUUUUCAAAAUGUCUGCUCUAGUGCACAUUGUCAAACAGGUAACACAGCAAUAACGAUCCAUGAUGUGGUACAGAACAGAAAAGCCAGAGCACUUGAUAUGUGUUUUUUUUUUAAUCGCUCUUCUUGCAGUGAUUUAAAGCAGGGUUUCUCAACCAGGGGUCCUCCAAAAAUAAACCAGAGAAUGUGUUAUUUUCCCUGCAUGCUUAUGACACGCUGAAACCUAUUAGCUUCAGCAUGUCAUAAGCAUGCACAGAAAUUAGCGCAUUCUGAGGUUACGUAACAUGUUCUCUGGUUAUUGCAGCGGGAGCUUGACAGAUUAAAACACACACACACAAUAAAUACUGAUACAUUUUUAAUUUGACUAUCAGCAUCAAAACAACAAAACCCACAGAAUGAUGAUACAGAACUUCCUUCAGGUUCAACCGUAAGGGCUGAAGAACAGCGAGGAGGUGGUUAUUAACCCUGCAAAAUUAAGGAAAUAAGAAGACAGCUAGUUGAAUUUCAGUUUUAUUUGUACUGGAAGUGGAGAUAUACCUCAACCACAGUGUGUAAUUUAUGCACAAGUACUGUCCAAUAAAUGUUUGAAACCCUCCAAAUUACAGACAUUUAAUUACCAAGUAUAAAAACAAGCAACACUCAUCUUUUGAGCAAAAGGCUGAGGAACUGCUUGGUACUAAGGCCGUAAUGAAAUCCACAACUAGCAGAUAAAAAGCUUGUAGUGUCAUUGUACAUAGUGGCGCAGAAAAUUGCUAAAGCUAAAAAAAUCGCAUACGAUUGCUGAGUAGUUGAUGUGUUGUGUGCCAUUGAAAUUGUAAAGGAAAUGUUUGGAAAGCAAAAGGCCAAGGAACUGGCAAAAAUACCAAUGUCAAGUGACACUGUCAGACGACGAAUCACGUUUAUGUCAGAAGAUAGUUUCGCAGUGCAUUGGUCGGCUCAUUGACAUUUCAUCAGACAGCUCCCUCAGAACCAAGUUCAGUGAAAUGCCGCUGGAGACAUUUUGAUGUUAGUGCUCUGAUGAAUACAGCACUGCUUCUUCUGCAGCACUGAAAGUGUUGGUCCCAUUCAGUACAACCUACUUAUGCGAAACCGGGAUUUCAGCCACGACAUCGAUGAAAACAAAAUACUGAGCCAGGAUGAACAUUGACCAUGACAUAAGUGUGUGCUUGUGAAGAUACCUCCACGUCUUGAUAGAAUUGUUGCUCAGCACCAGCAACAAGUUUCACAUUGAGUAAGUAAAACAAAAAUAAUGACAUAUAUGUAUAUAUGUAUAUGUAUCAGGGAUGGAAAUAAGACUCCCAUUGCAGUUUGAUCCAUUCUUGGUUUUAGGAGUAUAAGUUUAAUAAGACAAACCUGAACUUGUUCACACUGAGACUAAUCAAGCUCAUUGUAAAACCUGGAAUGGGUGAAACUGCUAUGCAAUAGCAAUAGGAGUCUUAUUUCCAUCUCUGAUGUGUGUAUGUAUAUAUGUACAGUGACCACCAAAAUUAUUGGCACCCUUGAUAAAAAUGAGCAAAAAAGGCUGUAUAAAAUAAACAACACAGGUAAUGAGCUAUAUUUUAUGUUCAAAUAUAUGGGAAAACCUUUUUAUUUUAUUCUAAUACAAUUGCUCAGAGAAAAAGUUUUUUAUUAACAAGUAAUAAAAAAUGUUUUCAAAAAGAUAGGUGUCAGAAUUAUUGGCACCCUUAAAGAUUUUAUAAAUAAAAUCAAACAAAAUUAAAUCUGCAUUAACAGUCUACUUCUUUAAGUUCAUCUAAGUCUUAAGGAACUGUAUUGUGGCCUUCCAUGGCUUCCUGUUUCACUGGGGUAUAAAAAUGAGGUAACACGCAUAUGAAAUCCAUUUGUCAUCCAUCACCAUGGGGAAAGGCAAAGAACUCACAAAUGAAAAGAGACAAAUGGUUGUUGACCUUGAUAAAUCAGGCAAUGGGUACAAAACAAUAGCUAAAAAACUAAAUAUACCACUUACCACUAUUAGGGCAAUAAUUAAGAAGUUCAAAACCACUGUAACAGUGGUAAACUUGCCUGGUAGAGGAUGCAAGUGUAUCUUGCCCCCACGCACAGUGAGGCAGAUGGUUCGGGAGGCAAAGAGAAAUCCAAGGGCCACAGUUGGAGAAUUACAGAACUUGGUUGCAUCUUGGGGUCACCAAGUCUCCAAAUCUACAAUUAGACGCCACCUCCAUGCCAAUAGCCUAAAAGGGUUGCCAGAAAAAGCCUUGAGAGCAACCAACAAACGAAAGCGCCUGGAGUUUGCUAAACGGCAUUGGCACUUUGAUUGGAACCGGGUGCUAUGGUCAGAUGAGACGAAAAUAGAGCUCUUUGGCCACACACCAGCGGUGGGUUUGGCGUCGAAAGAAGGAUGCGUGUGCAGAAAAGAACCUCAUACCUACUGUAAAAUAUGGUGGUGGAUCUUUGAUGUUAUGAGGCUGUUUUGCUUCCACUGGUCCUGAGGCCCUUGUUAAGGUCAACAGCAUCAUGUACCAGGACAUUUUAGAAAGUACCAGGACAUUUUAGCCAAAAACCUGGUUGCCUCUGCCAGGAGGCUGAAACUUGGCCACAAGUGGAUCUUACAGCAAGUCAAUGACCCCAAGCACACAUCAAAAUCCACAAAGAAAUGGUUAAUUGACCACAAAAUCAACAUUUUGCAAUGGCCAUCUCAGUCCCUGGACUUGAACCCCAUUGAAAACCUGUGGUUUCAAUUGAAGAGGGCAGUCCAUAAGCGCAGACUGAAGGAUAUCAAGGGUCUGGAAAGAUUCUGUAUGGAGGAAUGGUCUAAGAUCCCUCCCAAUGUGUUCUCCAAUCUCCUUAAACAUUAUAGAAAAGGACUCAGUGCCGUUAUCCUUGCAAGGGGAGGGUGCACAAAGUACUGAAAACAAGGGUGCCAAUAAUUGUGACACUUCAUUUGUUUUGGAACGAAAUUUAUAAUUCGAGAAGUGUGUAAUUUUGGUUGAUUCCAUUGAAUCAUUAAUAAAGUCAAAUAUAUUGCACAUGUUGGAAAAUUACAAUAUAGCUCAGUACUGGUAUUUAUUUUAUAGUCUUUUUUGCUCAUUUAUAUCAAGGGUGCCAAUUUUGCGCUCCACAUCGAAUGCUAAACAAGGUGCUGUCACUCUGCUAAGCAAAGCUGCAACUCCGGGACUCUACCUAAAAAUGGAAUCAAGACGGGACUCUGCCUGAAAACAGACCCAAGACGAGGAAGCAAGCUGCAAGCGAGUCAACGACCACAAGCAACGAGACUGAGGCCCGGCUGGAGGACUGCCGUAAAACUUACAGAGACUGUUAUCAGACAAACCAGUCUAAGUCUGCUGUACACCUACAACCACAGUAUCCAAAAGAAACUGUGCCCUGCUACCUGCAUAGGUAAAAGAUUCAGCGAAGAGGACAGAGCGGAUGGGCGCUGUUGUGGAUCCUAUACCGAGGACUGAAGACUUUGUUGCAGCUGUUUAUUGAUUCUAUCUAGAAUUGAAAGCUUUGUUGCCAAGUUUGAUCCAAUGUAGGAUUGAAGACUUUGUUGCAGAGAGGAGAGUUUUUAUACUGGAAACUUCAACAGAUUGAGUUUCCAAGCCAGCAAAAGUCUAAGCUUCAAGGAACCGUUGAGUAUAAUUCCAGUUGCAUUUUCAUUUCAUGGAACUACAUUAAUUAAUUGUAACACAUUCACAUAGAAUUGUACUGUUAAUUAUUUAGUUUGAGAACCCCUGAUUUAGAGGACAGGUCUCAAACCCCAGUGCACUAGAGUAGACAUUUUGAAAAGAGCUUUGAAACAGACUUAAAAGUUCUAAGUGUAAAAAGUUGUCAGGAUGUUAACAAUGAAAAGAAAAAUGACGUUAUUUAAACAGUUGUAGCAACAUGUGUAAUACUACAUUUUCAGAACCCCGCUACUUCCUCUUUAAGACCCAUAUUACACAGUGGAAGUGUUAAAGAUUCUAGAUAUCCCUUAGACUUGUACUUGCCUUAGCCCUGUAGAUGCAGUAUCACUUUGCACUGUUGCAUCCCAGUAGUAGGUUUCCCAUUUUGUAAUGCAGCUAGGGGGCUCUGCAAGAAGAAGCAUUGUGGUGUUGGGUAUUUUAUGCAUUUUCAGGCUGUUUAAAAUUGUUAUGGAGGGGCAAGUGACCAUUUCUUAAUUUUCAGCAGCUUUUAUGUAUUGGAGAACGUCAGAGGUCCCUACUGCAUUGCAAUCACAUGUCCUGUGAGGGACCUUUGCACAGGAAUAACCUUCAGUGUUCUCUUAAGGACUUCUAUAGACAAGGCCAUGGAUUGGAAACCAUAUCAAAUUCACUUAACCUAUUGUGGAGAGGGACCUACUGUACUUGAAUGCCUGGGUGCUCAGAUGAAUUAAGUAGCUUUUGAUAGCUGUGAUUUUAUUUUUUGUAGUGUAUAGGUUUUGUAGUUAACCCGAGUGCUUGACCA